ACUCCAAAAUUAUCCAGCAAGUAGCCACUUCGAAACCGCUUGUGAUGAACUCCAAAAUUAUCCAGCAAGUAGCCAAUUAGAAGCCCCUAGUGAUGAACUGCAAAAUUAUCCAUCAAGUAGCCACUUAGAAGCUAGUGAUGAACUCCAAAAUUUAGCAUACGAUAUUUCUUUGGACGCAAGCAACAAAACCAAACUCAUAAUUCACAGGGGGCAAGUCCUAAAUGAAUUAAUUGAAGCUUUUCAACAUUUGAAAACUUAUGAAAGAAUUGAGAUUGAAAUGAUUCUGCCUAACGGGCAGCCUGAAAGGGCACUGGAUACGGGUGGGGUGUUGCGAGACUGCCUGGGUGAAUUUUGGACAUCUUUUUACGAUCAGUUUACGGAGGGAACCACACUAAAAGUACCUAUUAUCACGCAAGAAUUCAAAGAGGAGCAGUGGACUGCCAUCGCCAAAAUUAUCAAAAUGGGAUGGGAGCAGGAAAAAUACUUUCCAAUCAAAAUUGUUCCAACACUAUUUGAACAGUGUUUUUAUAAAAAUAUUUCUUCUAAUUUAGUCCCUGUGUUUUUAAAAUGCCUGGGUGCAUACGAGUCUAAAGUAUUAGAGGACGCUAUUCUUAACUACUCUUCAGUAGAUGAAAAUGAUCUAAUCGAAGUAUUUUCCAACCUUAAAUCCAAGCGGAAGCCCUCAAAAGAGAACAUUGCUCCCUUGUUAUAUGAAAUUGCUCACAGGGAGCUAGUUCAGAAGCCUUUUUUUAUUACUGAAUGUUGGGCUCCUGUGUUAUAUGGUCUCAUGCCAGAGAGCACUUUUACAGCUCUUAGGCAAAACAUGUUGCCAACCUCGAAGAAUAUUUUAGAGAGGUUACAUUCUUCAGAAGUCAGCACUGGAAGUGAAAACAAUGCGGUCUCCUGUUGGUCACGUAUGUGGCAGGACCCUAGAAUUGCCAAAUACGUACGAUAA